UUAAGUCGGCGGAUGUUUGAAUUAAAAAAAAGGAGCCGUAGAGGCUAACAAGGUUAUGGAUUCUAGGUACCUGGUCAGGCAAACGUUAAAAAAUUGCCAUUUGACCAGAAAACAGAAGCGGAGCAACCCCACAAACCGCUGGAGUUCUUUUCAAAUUUUUUAAUGUAUUUUUACCACCGUGCGAUCAUCCAUCCUUAAAGAAAUACUGCCAUGAGUUUAAGAGUCAAUACGAUAUAGAGCUAUUUAAAGUCGAGAAGGGAGAGUUUACGUUCAUCAGAAUAUUGGAAGCACAAUCACUUGGAGGAAGCAAUCGGAUUUGUUCCUUCUCAGACAAGCCCAGCAUUAUAUACAACACUAACAGCAAGCAGAAAAUUUUGGAAUCUUACAAAGUGUUGUGUCAGUUUGCUGCGAUUGUAUUAUGCAAUAGAUUUUGUUAUGGGCUGUGCUGGUUCCAAGGCAGCUGAGCAGCCACCUGGAUAUGAAGAUCCUGUUCUGCUUGCGGCAGAGACAGUCUUUACUGUGAGCGAAGUUCAGGCCUUAUAUGAACUAUUCAAGAAAAUAAGUAGUUCUAUCAUUGAUGAUGGGCUGAUUCACAAGGAAGAAUUUCAACUAGCGCUCUUCAGAACCCCUCAAAAGGAGAACCUUUUUUCUGACAGGGUAUUUGAUUUGUUUGAUAAAAAGCAUAAUGGUGUAAUAGAAUUUGGAGAAUUUGUCAGAUCACUGAGUGUUUUCCAUCCAAAUGCAUCUGAGGAAGAGAAAAUGGAAUUUGCAUUUAAACUGUAUGACCUGAGACAGACUGGGUACAUUGAGCGUGAGGAGGUGAAACAGAUGGUGAUAGCUCUUCUAAAUGAAUCAGACAUGAAUGUUUCAGAUGAUGUUGUUGAGAUGAUUUUGGACAAGACAUUUGAGGAAGCAGAUGCAAAUGGGGAUGGAAGGAUUGAUAAAGAUGAAUGGCGAGAUCUUGUGAAGCGCAAUCCCUCUCUGUUGAAGAACAUGACUCUACCCUAUCUGAAAAGCAUCACAGUUGCUUUUCCAAGUUUUGCCUUCAGGUCUGAAGUGGAUGAGGCAGAAAGUUGGUAGCAGGAGGCAUUAAUUCCAAAAGUUUAACCUUAUUGAUUCCAUCCAUUAGCUAUGGUGAAAAUUAGUCGACGACAGCCAUGCCCAACAAUUUCCUUUUUUCUGCUUCCAGAGAAGUUACAGCACCUUUGCAAAGCUUUUUUUCCUUGUUCUGAGGUUGAUUGUGGAAAAAUGUGAUGUUGAAAUCUUAAAGCAAAAAUUGUGGAAUGUAUGCAAUUGUGUCUAAAAUAUUCUUAAUUUUUUUUUGCACACAACUGUCUGAAGAGACAUAUCCUACUGUAAAGUUUGGAAUUAUUAAUGAAAUUUAGUGUUCAGAGUUGGUAUCUUA